AUGCAGGGUUUUGGACAGCCCAAAGGAGAGGAGUCUGGGAUUGUGAUUUGGAGACUGACCCGAGUUGGACCCACAGGGAGGGACUACUGUGGCCUGGUCGAGGCCCUUGACGAGCCGAACGCAGUUUCCUGUACCAAGCGGAUGGCUCGGAUGUUCAUGGUGCCUGUGACGUUGCUUGACCCCAGCAACAAUGGAGAAAUGGACGUUGGGCUGCGCUGCACUCAAAGGCACCUCCGCAGCCCAUUCACACGCCUUCUGAAACUCUGUAAUUAUGGUUCGGCUCGACUCCCACCUGCAGCGGUCUGCGCCCCCUGCAUUGGUCUGCGCCACCUGCACCGCGGCACCGAGAGCAAAGCAGGCUUUAACUGUUGCACUGUUGGACACUUGUCUGAGCUGACUGCGUCUAGAGGAAGUGACAUUUACUCAAAAACAAUGGAACUCACACUUGGAGCUUCUGCUGAGGCGGCAGAAGUGCUGAGGAGGACUGCGACGGACAAUGCCCCUAAUAUAAGGGCAACCCAGGAGCAGACCGACCACCUUGGCCCCAGACCGUGGCUCACAGAGGACACUAGAGCGAGGAUGCGCUCUCUCCUGGAGGUACUCUCUCUUCACAGUCAUGUGUACUCUAUGGAGGUUCUCUCGCCUAUAGGUGCUCUCUCCUGGCUGGAGGUUCUCUCUCCUGGAGGUGCUCUCUCCUGGCUGGAGGUUCUCUCUCCUGGCUGGAUGUUCUUUCUCCUGGAGGUUCUCUCUCCUGGCUGGGGGUUCUUUCUCCUGGCUGGAGGUUCUUUCUCCUGGCUGGAUGUUCUCUCUCCUGACUGGAGGUUCUCUCUCCUGGAGGUCUCUGGUCUGCAGGCCAGAGAGCGGCAGUAUGUGGCUGUGGUGCACACGCAAACACAGGAGCUCCAAGAGCUUCUGCUGAAAGUGAAGGAGGAUGAACGCGCUCUGAUUGAGACGCUCCGGAAUCGGCAGGAACAACAGCAGAAGAAUGAAGACCAACCAACUUCGCCCUCGGAGCCGGAGACGCCGCUCUGGGAACGCUGUCAGGAAGUGGAGGAAUAUGUUCAGUCAAAGAAGCAGGAGUACAUGAAGAAGUUUAUGAUGAUGGGGAAAGCCAUGGGUGCCACAUCCACUGCGGCCGAUUGCAGAGCCAUCCAGGCUCAGCUGAAAAGAUACAAUGAUAAUGAGGUGCAAAAGGUAGAAGGUGCAAGGUUUAAGAAACAUAUCCCCAACGUGAGAAAACAAAUAUCCAGCCUCAGGACUCAGACUGAAGAAAUGCAAAUUGCCAUUAAAAAACAAAAUGAAAGUUUGGAGAAUAAGAAGAAGCGUCUGAAACGUUUAGUUCAGAACCGGGAAAACCACCAGAAGAGGAGCGUCCAACGUGCUCUUCUUGGCGCCAUACAGUAUGAGCGCAUGUGGCUCACACAAGAGGAGGAGGCCAGGGAGCUGCUGGAGAGGGCUCAGAACCUGGACCAGUGGAUCUAUGAGCAUGUCCUGCACCAGCCCCGGGAGAACCCAUGGGUUUUUCCAAAGCCCGGGAGCUGCCAGGAUCCAGGGGCCGGUGAAAAGAACAUUGUGGAGGCCCCCAGCUCUGUGCCUCGACUCAUCCAGAUACUGUGUGAAGAAGCAGGUUUUCUGAUGGAAGUGGAGGAGGUGGUGGAGGCAAAUGGACGGACGCUGGUUAAAAGAGGAUACUUGCUUGAGACGCUGGGCAUUACGGAAAACAACUUGGAGAAGUUUCUGCAUUUCCUUCAGAAUUACGAGCCGAGAGACGAGUCCCAGGCUCCAGGGACCGGAGCUCCUGGAUCCGGUGCGCCAGGGACCGGGCCACCAGGGGCCACUGCUACGGGGGCCAGAGCUCGAGGGGGCACAGUUCCAGAGACCACAGCUCCAGGGGCCACAGCUCCAGGGGGGACAGCUCCAGGGGCCGGUUGCUCCUCAGGUCCAGCUGCAGUGACUUCUGUCCCAUCAGAACAACAUGAAGUCCUCCAGGCGGUCACCUCUUUCCUGAACCAGCGUCUGCGUGGGAGACGCAGGCGCAGGGUCACCAGCCUCCAGGUCAUCAGGGAUCCGGACUACUGGGACCGUGUUGGAAAGGUCAUUCCCGAGGAGACCCUGCCCAAAAUGGAGAUGAUACAGGAGCAACUCCGGCAGCGCUAUGAUGCCCUCAAAGAAUCCUUGCGGCUCUCUAAGCAGGUCCAGAGCCUGCAGCUGGAGACCACCCAGCUGAAAAUGGCCCAGAUGAGACUGCAGGACCCCCAGGACCCCCAGGAGCGUUCGUGA